UUAUCGCCGUCAAGUUUUUCGAGCAAAAAUUUCUGGUAUCGUGAGUGGUUGUGCAGAAGCUCUAUAAAGCAUUACAUUGGUAAAAAUAGUGAAAGUGAUGCUCGUAUUUCUUCAGGACAACAUUGCAGUACGUAUUACAGUCAACUGCAACGUUAUCCUGUAGAAAAUACACCGGAUGCAAUUUUGAUGGAUAAACAAAAAUGUGACGGUUUCUGUGAUGGCUGCGCCCAAAAAGCCUCAAAGAUUGUGUGACAGGGUAGUGCGAUUUCCAAAAAUUGUGGAGUGUGACCAUAUCGAUGUGGAUUCUCUCGAAGAAUAUACUGAAUCGGAUGACCAUAAUGACUCUGACCAGGAUGCCAAAUCUCAAUCACCAACGUCUAAACCUACUGCAACCAAACACCUCAACCUCAACGGCAUCUGUCGUCGAGAUCAGCCGGACGACUGCUACGUGGAACAAGUCGUCCUCAACACGCAUUCCUCAAAUUCCCUCAACGAUCUGGAGGUACUCACAUUGCGGUCCAAUGGUAUACAGAACUUCCCGACCAGUGUGCUCAGGUUGCAGUCUUUGGUUACCCUCGACCUGGCGGACAACUGUUUGCUUACUUUGCCUACUGAGAUCAACAUGCUUGAAAGGCUUCAGGAGUUGAUUUUGGACCAUAAUUUGCUGAGCAUUCUUCCUGAGACACUGUGGGACCUGGAGUUCUUAAGAGUAUUAAGGGUGGUGGCCAACAGAUUAGCGAUCCCCCCAGAUAAAGGGGUCAAUGAGAUGAAAGCUCUCGUUUUAUCGGAGCCAGAGGAAAAGUCGAGGCAUUCUAAGGGAUUAACUACUUUAAACUUGCGGUCGAAUAAACUAAAAGGCCACAUUAUCCUAGGAAAUUAUGGGAGUCUGACCGAACUAGACGUAAGUGAAAAUAGUAUAGAAAUUCUAGACCUCACAGCCGUAGAACAGCUCCAAACGCUGCAAUGUUCCAGAAACAGCCUCACCACUCUUACCUUGCACGGAAAGAAAUUGGUGUCUAUAAUUGCCGGAAACAACAGACUGAAAUCACUGACAGUAGUCCACCCGCCAAUCGGACUAAAACACCUGGACGUCUCCUACAACGCUCUGGAGACCCUACCGAACUGGAUAACUGGCUGCAAUGAACUGCGAUCCCUAUUUGCCAGCAACAACUCUCUGAUCUCACUACCUGACCAUCUCUUUUGCAAUGAAAUGCCAUUCUUACACACGCUCCAACUUGCCUACAACCAUUUGCAGUAUUUGCCGACCAUUCAACGACAUCUACCUAUCCAAGAAUUGUUCCUACAGAAUAACAGUUUGUCUAGUUUACCCGAUAACUUCUUCAAGUUCGUCCGUAACAUCAAAGUUCUGAACCUCUCCAAUAACAGACUCUGUGACCUACCUAAGCCAGAGGAGGUUCUGCAGUUGGAGAAGCUUUACCUCACAGCGAACUGUUUGAUAGAUAAGAGCUUAGACAGACUAGCUCCAUUUUUGAGGAAUUUGAAAAACUUACAUGCAGCGUACAACAAUUUUAACGCACUGCCCGAAAACUGUUGCCUCUAUUGGUCUGAUAUGGAAGAGCUCGUCAUAUCUGGGAACAAGAUCCUCAAGCUUCCUGACAACAUAGAGCGCUUCAAGCAUCUGGCUGUACUCAGGGUACAUUCCAACCUCCUUACAAGUAUACCAAAGCUGUCAUCACUACUUUGUCUAAGAGUGCUGGACUUAGCUCACAAUCAGCUGGAUAGGGUUGAUCUAACAGCCCUUAUACCUCCAAAUUUAAAGUUCCUGGACCUGUCUUGUAACACCAAGCUUCACGUAGACUCUCACCAAUUCAAUACCUACAGAACCCAAAGGCCUAUGUCCUUAGUAGACGUUUCUGGAAGGAAUAGAACCACUCUACCUCUAACUCCUUCUCCGUUUUGUGAGAGUGAUCUGACAGAGGCCAGCUGGUCAGUAGGUUUUUCAGAAACAGCAGGUAACAAGCAGAGAUUGUAUGUUUCCCAGAUUCGUCUACCUGCAUUCUGCAAUACAGAAGCUCUUUUUGGAAUGUUUGAUGGUGAAUCAAAUAGUGAUAUGCCUUGUGGUGUGGAGAAAGUUGUCCCGAGAGUACUACUGGAGGAAAGGACCGUAAAGGAGACAGCUCAUGACUAUAUGAAGUAUACUUUACUGUCGGUCUACAGGGAAUUUAAAGAAAGGUACCAGAAACGAGGUAUAAGCGCGAUCCUAGUCCACGUGAUGAAAUCCAAACAACCAGUGGACUACGCAUUCUGCAACUCCUUGAAAAAGUACACCAUGCGAAUAGCCAGCAUCGGAGACCUUCGUGUAGUCCUUGGCAGAGCUGCUGGACCUGUCAGGUUGCUGCCCAAUAAACAACGGAAGCAGAUCAGAACCAACCCUCAAAUACAAAUGACAGUACCUGACCCUGAAGUAGCUGAGGUGCACUUAGAAGAGCAGGAUGAGUAUAUGAUCAUAGCAAACAAGAAUCUUUGGGACGUCAUUACACCAGAAAACUCAAUCAAAGAAGUAGCUUUACAGAGAAACGUUAUUUUAGCGGCUAAGAGACUUCAAGACUUGGCACAAAGCUAUGGCGCAGAAGAGAACCUUAGUGUAAUUGUGGUGAAGUUCAACUUACUUGGAAAUGACGUAGACUUGCUGAUGAGAGAAUUAAGACAGACGAUAAAACGAAACAAAUAUCAGACAGACAGUAACUCGAAUACUGAUUGUCAGCCAGGUUGUUGUUGUGAAACGAACAAUGAUUGCAUCACCUGUAUAGAUAACAUUCCGAUUCCUCCACCUAUGAUGAUGUGUGACGAUCGAUCAUCACCUAGUGGUCAAAGUGAUCACAAUUGUAGCGAUUAUAAUAAUUCUUCCGCAAAAUUGUUCAUCAGCCAACUGAACAAACAUUCUGACACGAAAUCCAUGAGGAGCCUCACUCCUUCAAUUUUCGAAUCGUCUGAUGCCAAAUCACAACCUGAAAGGAGGAGUUAUAGAGGCGUGGCGAAGGCUCUAAGACAACGACGUGAAGAAGAAAAGAAUAAAGAAGAUUCAGACUCUGCAGUAUCUGAAGAGCAGUUCAAGUGUUGGGAAUACAUGUUGGAGCAAAAUACGCAGCUACUUUUUGACAGAGAAUUAAACACUUUGAAAAGUGUCAAGAGUAAGCCUCUCUCGAUAAAAGUUCCUUCUUUGUCAAAGAGUUUUUCACAUAUACCUGAUGGUAAUGCACCAGGGAUGUUUCUUUCAAAACAGUUUGGGAGUGCUAGGUCGUUCAACCCGCUGUUAUCCAGAGCUGGUUCCAGACAGAAUUUGGAUAAAAAACAGAUUCUAGGUGGGCCAAACGCAGCUUACUUUGGAAGCUUGCAAAGGUUGAUGCCGUACAAUUUGGAAUACGACUUUGCUGUUAUGCAAGAAAGAGGUUUGGCUGAUUCUCUUGAUCUUGACAGGAUGCAGCAGUAUUGGGGGGUGACUACAACCGAAUUGUGAUAAGAUAGAAUUUAGGCAAAUCGACAAAAAAGGAUAAUAUAAAAUUCAAAACUAAGUAGAUUGUCCAAAUACACGCCUCGCCCAGAAAAUUUGGUAAAACCCUUCAAAAGUAAUGGCGUAUGAUGAUAGGUCAACUACAUAGUCGUCAAAGUGAACACAAUUGUGGUGAGAAUAAUGAUUUUUCUGCAAAAUUCUGUAACGGGAUCCCCGAGAAGCGUUACUUCAAUUUUCCAUAAUGCCGAAUCACAACCUGAGAUGAGGAGUUAUAGAGACGUGGCGAAAGCUCUAAGAGAGUGAAGAAAGAAAGUAAGUAAUACAGAAGAUUCAGAGUCAUCAAUGUCGGAGGGGUAGUUUAAGUAUUGGGAAUACAGGUUGGAGCAAAAUACUCAGCUACUUUUUGACAGAGAAUUAAACACUUUGAAAAGUGUCAAGAGUUACUUCUUUGUCAAAGAGUUUUUCACAUAUACCUGAUGGUAAUGCACCAGGGAUGUUUCUUUGAAAACAAAUUGGGAGUGCUAUGUCGUUCAACCCGCUGUUAUCCAGAGCUGGUUCCAGGCAGAACUUGGAUAAAAAACAGACUCUAGGUGGGCCAAACGCAGCUUAUUUUGGAAGCUUGCAAGGGUUGAUGCCGUACAAUUUAGAAUACGACUUUGCUGUUAUGCAAGAAAGAGGUUUGGCUGAUUCUCUUUAUCUUGAUAGGAUGCAGCAAUAUUGAGGGGUUACUACAACUGAAUUGUGAUAAGAUAGAAUUUAGGCAAAUCAACAAAAAGGGAUAAUAUGAAAUUCAAACCAAGUAGACUGUGGUGAGAAUAAUGAUUUUUCUGCAAAAUUCUGUAACGGAAUCUACGAGAAGCGUUACUUCUUCAAUUUUCCAUGAUGCCGAAUCACAACCUGAGAGGAGGAAUUAUAGAGACGUGGCGAAAGCUUUAAGACAGUGAUGAAAGGAAGUAAGCAAUAGAGAAGAUUCAGACUCAUCAAUGUCAGAGGGGCAGUUUAAGUAUUCGGAAUACAGGUUGGAGCAAAAUACUCAGCUACUUUUUGAUAGAGAGGUAAAUACAUUGAGAAGCAUCAAGAGUAAGCCGAUAGAACUUCGUUCUUUAUCAAAAAGCUUCUCGCUUAUACCUAACGGUAAUUGACCUGGGAUGUUUCUUUUAAAGCAGUUUUGGAGUGCAAGGUCAAGUUAAGGCAAAUUAACAAAAAGAAACAACAUGAAAUACAAAACUAACUAGAUUGCCCAAAUAGAUGUUAUUUCUAAGAAGCUGAUGAAACGUUACAAAUGUAAUGAUGUGUAAUGAUAGAUCAUCACCUAGUGGCUAAAGCGAAUACAAAUGUAAUGAGUAUCAUAAUUCUUCUGCCAAAUUUAGUUCUGUAACAUCUACUUCUAUGUUUUCAUAUAAGUUGCGAGAUCUUGGCUUAUAUCAAAUUAUCAAGUAUACUUUUGGAGUCUUAUAGUUUUAGAAGACUUGGACGAGUACAAACCACUAUAGUAAUAAUAAAAAAGAUUCAGUUUCUAUGGAAGUUGCUUUAUAUGGACGUUUUAAGGCCCAGCAAAGAAUUGAAAAGCGGAUGUCCCAUCUAGAGGUAAAUUAUGGCAUUAUUAAAAGUAAUCUGGAUUUGUAUCCUAAAUCAGAAAAAUCAUUGUUUUUGAAGUAUUUCAUAGUGUGCUUGAAUACUUAACUCUUCCUGAUGUUGUUUAGCUCGUUCGUAUUGUUUUAGUUUCUCUAAUAAAUGAUAAUUUUCUAGUAUACCUAUCGAAAACAGCAAUCAUUCUGCUUUGAUUUUAGAACAAAGUUUUACAGGUCUUUACCUACUCGAAACGAUGUAUGUAAAUUGAAGUAGCAAUAAGUGUAAAUUGUAAUAGUGAAUUUUAUUGUAGGUAUUACUUUAUAUUUUAAAUAAACGUUUAC